AUGCCACCCUCAAUGAAAUCGAGUUUGACACCCCUGAUCCACCCUGUGUUUUUCUCUCCCAGGCGCAACCUUCCAGUGUAUAACCUGUGACAAGGAGGGUGAUUCAAACUGCACAAAGCCAUUUGAGAACUGUAACGUGCGUAAACAUAGGUGCCUGAGAAACCUGACCGAAAUUGUCAAAGGUAACAAAACACAAACCAAGAUGAUCCUGGGUUGCGCAACUCGGAGGUACUGCAAGACUCGGUUUAUUGAGCUGUCCUACAACAAAGGAUAUUACAUAAGGAGACAGUACGAUUGCUGCAGAAGUGACGGCUGCACCCCUCCCUCUACAGAAAUGCCUCCAGUAAACACCACCAACAAUGGGAAACGCUGUCCGGUCUGCUAUUUAGACACAGGUAUCUGUUCAGUGAAGGCAAUGGAUUGCACUGGAUCUGCAACAUAUUGUUUUGAAGGUUUUAUUAAAGAUAAGUUGAGGAGACCCAUAAAAGGGUGCACCACAGAAUCUUCCUGUAAUAUACUAAAAACCUACAAGAAGCCACUUAUUAAUAAAUUCAGGAUCACGGAUGUAACCUGCUUCGAACCCAAGAUUGUUACCAGCUGUUCCUCUCGUGAAGUUUUCCUCUUGGCUCUUCUGCCAAUGAAGCUUUUCUUCUUUAGUGCCUAUUGAAGACAAAAAACAUUUCUGACUAUCCACCAAGAGGCCAGUUAAGUUUGGCACUGCGUUUCCUUUCCCCAGUUUGGCUAUUUGGAGAUAUUUUGAUUUUUAUUUGAACAAGUCAAAGACCUGGGAGAUUGAAAGAAGACCUGGCAUCGAUUUACGGUUCCAUCGAUGAAGUUGGACCUCGAGACUGCCCUAAAUGUUGACACAAGGCUCACAUCUUUUAAAUGGCAUGGGAGAUAUUUCAUUCUGGCCCUCCUUCCCCUUGUUUGAUCUCCUCCCCAGCGUAUCAAAUCUUUAGAUUGUGUGUCUCCGUUCUCCAGUCUUCCUGGCAUCUCAAUAGGGUGGUAGAAGCUCAAGCUUUCAUUUCAAGGUUGAAGGUCCAAUUGUCACAGUAACCCAUCUAGAUGUCCUACUGAGUCACUUUCACCUCUUCUCCCUAGUCAACUAAGUCCUCCAUUCAGGGUCUUUAGCUGAGAAGCAGCAGAAGACACCAGCUUCUGGAUCCCAAGCUGCAUCUCCUGCUACAACGAAGACAAUAUUUUGAUCUCCCCUCCUCCCAAUCAACAACUGACUUUGGCUCCUGCUCUUUUCCAUCAGUUCAAGAUGCAAGCUUCCUGCUUCUGGGAUACCAGCCAGACAAGUCUUUGAAACGUGUAUUCAAAGUCAAAUAGUGUACAUAUGCUCUUCCUUUUUAUG